AUGGAAAGUGAAAUAAUCCAAAUGAAUACAGUACAACAUCAACAAGAUGAAAAAGAUGAUAGUGGAAUUGAACAAGAUAAUAGUUUUAUUUAUAUUCGAAUAGCUGUUGAAGAUCAUAAUUUACAAAAAGUUCUCAAAUUUAAUUUGGAUGAUACUAUAUGGAGUGCUAAACAAAAAGUUUUACAAGUUCUUGUUCGAGAAUUAAUUGAUGGUUUAAAUUUUGGAUUAUAUUUACCACCAUGUAAUGGUCGAGCAGGAAAAUUUCUUGAUGAAUCUCGUUGUCUUAGAGAAUAUCCAUUAAGUGGACCUGUUAGUUAUCUUGAAUUUAAAUAUAAAAGACGUGUUUAUAAAGCAAUUCAUCUUGUUCAGAAAAACAUUAAUUCCAAAGUUAGCACAAAAAAAUUUAUCGAUUGUAUCAAAACAAAUCAAGUUUCAAAAGUUUCUCGAUAUUUAGAAAAAGGAUUUGAUCCAAAUAUUUAUAUUUCUAAUGAUGAAACUGCAUUAUCAUGUGCAUGUAUUGAUUUAAUUGAACCACGAUCAAUGAUUAUGACAUUAGUUAAUGGUGGUGCUCAUUUAGAUUUUCGAACACGUAGUGGUGGUUUUACACCACUUCAUAAAUCUGCAAUCCACAAUCGUAAAGAAUCUAUUGUCACUCUUCUUGAACUUGGUGCAUCACCAAAUGUCUAUGAUGAAAAAGGUUUAACACCUCUUUAUCAUACAAUUUUAAAUAAUCGAAAUGAAUUAAUAAAUGAUUCAUCAUAUUGUUGUCUAUUAUUAUUACAAGAUCAUUCAAUUGUAAAUUGUCAUGAUGAUUAUUUAUCGACUGAAUUACAUCAAGCAUGUCGUCUUGGUCUUGUUCAACAUAUUGAACAUUUACUUUUCUAUCGAGCUGAUAUGAAUGCAACUAAUAUAGCUGGUAAUACUCCAUUACAUAUAUGUGCUGCAUCAAAUCAAGAAGCUUGUGCUCGUGUAUUACUUUUUCGUGGUGCUGACACAACAAUUGUAAAUAAAUCUAAUCAAACUCCAUAUGAACUUGCAUUAGUAUCUCAAAAUUGUACAAUUGCAACAAUAAUUCAAUCUCAUAAGCCAAAUCAUGUUGUACCAUAUCGAGAAACACCAUUAAUUAAUCCAAAACGUCGUUCUAUAUAUAUUGAAAAAGAUAAAAAUCGAACACGAUCAUCAUCAACUACAACACCAUCAUUAUCAUUAACAAAUCGAUCACAAAGUAUGCCAAAAUUAAAUAGUAUUAAUAUUUUACCUCGAAGUAAUUCACCAUCAAAUGAAAAUCUUUCUCAACAACAUCCAUCAAGUCGUAGUUCAUCACCAAAAUCAUUUAGUGUUAAUAGUGAUCAUGGAAUUGGAAGUGAAUGUACAUCACAUUUAUCAUCAAAUUCUCCAAAUGCGAUUAAUGGUUGUUAUGUAUAUAAACGGAAACGUUUAUAUGCAGCAGCACCCGGUCGAAAAUGUAUGUGUAUUAAAUCUUAUCGAACAAAUUCAUCUGGAGAAUUAUCAUUGACAAAAGGAGAUAUUGUUGAAAUUUUAAGUGUUGGUGAACAAGGAUAUUUAGAAGGAAGAUGUAAAAAUAUUGAAGGAUGGUUUCCGAGUAAUCAUGUUCAAGAUAUUUGUGUUCUUAAUAAUGGUGACAUGACAAAUGACGACACAAUAGUGAUUAGUCGUGAUGCUUUAUCCGCCUUAAUGAUAAAUAAUGACACAUAUACACCACGUACUGUUGUUUUACAACGAGGAAAAAAAGGUUUUGGCUUUGUUCUUCGAGGUUCACUAAUUACAGGAAAAUUAUUUCAACCAACACCAUCAUUUCCUGCUCUUCAAUUUCUUGAUAGUAUUGAACGAGGAAGUAAUGCUGAUAAAGCAGGUCUUAAAAAAAAUGAUUAUGUUCUUGAAAUCAAUGGUAUUAAUGUAACUUCUAUGCCACAUGAAGAAUGUGUUAAUUUAAUAAAACGAGCUGGAGAUACAUUAGCAUUAAAAAUUGUAACAGCAAAUAUAUCAUCAACAAUCCAUUCUAAUCAUGAUUCACAAUCACAUUAUACUAAUUUUCAAUCAUUACCUUAUCGACGUAAAGCACCCCUUCAUCCCAGUUUUGAAAAACCAUUUGGUGAAGAUCUUGAUCGAACAUUAGCAGAAUAUGAAUAUGGUAGUAUGUCUGAAGCAUAUGUAUCAAUAUCAAAACGACCAAUUGAAAAUAUUCGUAAUGGUUGUUCAUCUCUUCGUAUGAAAAAUAAACCAAUUGUACCUGAACGUGAUUCUUCACUUUAUGAUUUUUUUACUAAUAAUCAAAAUCAACAAGUUUAUAAUAGAUUUCAACCACUUAUACCAGCAAUAAGUGUACCAAAUUUAUCAUCAAUAACAAAUAAUCGUUGUAAUUCAAAUUCAUCAUCAAAUGAAGCUGAUGAAGAAUUAUCUUUAUCAUCAAUGAACAGUAAUCAAAUUGUUACAACAACAAAUUUAAUUGAAGAGAAUGGAAUUGGAAUUUAUAUGACACCAUCAUUAUCUCUUAGUACAACGAAUAUGUCAACAUUUAAAACAACAUCAACUAAUCAUUUACCUUCGAAACCAAGUGAAAUUAAAAGACGAUCAAAUAAUCGAAAACAAAUUUCAACAACAGUUAAUUUAAAUAAUAAUACUUUAUCUAAAACAAUUGAGAAUGAAACUUCUAUUCCACCACCACCACCACCAUUUCCAACUGAUUUUGAUUCGAUAAAUAAAAUAAUUGAACAUCAACUUUCACCAACAACAGAACCAAAACAAAUCAAAAUUGAACCGGUUGUAACAACAACGAAAGAUGAUUUUCAAAUGCAAAUUGAACAAGCAAAAAAUCGUUUGAAAAAGAUAAAUAUUGAAACAUCAUCAAAAACAAAUAUUUUAUCAUCAACAAAAUCAAAUGUACCGAGCAAAUCAUCACAUCAAAAUAAUUCUACUAAUUCGAAUAAUUACCGUUCACCAAGCUUUUAUAACCCACCAGAAUUAAAAAACAUUAUAAUCGAAGACAAAACUCCUUCAAAUGGAUUUCCUCCUCCUCCAUCACCUGGUACUCUUCGUCGUUCAGCAACCACAACAAUAACAGCAACAUCUAUACAAAAAACAUCUGUAAUCGAUCCUCGAUUAGAUGUUAAUUUUUCUUCUGUAAUUGCUCAACGUGCAGCAGCAUCAAAAGCUCGUCGUCACGAAAAUCCAAUAGGUAUUGAAUAUAAUUCCAAUGGAUUACCACCAUCAACAACAUUUUAUAAUAAUUGUAUUACAACAAAUGGAAUUCAAACAAAUACUAUUCAUCAUCAUCAUUAUUGA